AUGCCACUCACAAUCCACCUUGACAACUACAAACCUUGCUACUUUGGCAACGAGACUAUCUACGGGCGGGUUACCUUUGAAUCCUCAAGCACAACGAACCUCCAAGACAUCCGACUGUCAUUUACUGGUCGCUCCAAGGCACGGAUUCAAAAAGUCAAGGGAUCUGGAGCUCCCGCUGCAAACUAUCGCAGCAAAUGCAUCUUGUUCGAGAAGGAGAAGAUUCUGGUACAUUUAAAUGGAGAAGCCCUGCCACCAGGCAGACACGAGUGGCCAUUCCAGUUCUCAUUUCCAACAACCGCGCUAUCUUCGGUGGAAUGGCCGGAAAUGCAGCCUUUCCGGGGCGACGUUAAUCACCCCCUUCCGCCGGUAUUUGCUAUCGAAGCUAGUGAUAGGGCAAGGAAGGUUUCCUGUACGAUCGAAUAUCGUAUUGAAGCACAGGCUAUGAAGCCGCAGCGAGGGCUUUUUUCGAGCACAAGGCCACUGUUCUCUGAAAAAGUGAGGCUGAAUUUCAUACCUGAUUUUGCAGUCGCGGAUGACCGCGAAAGCGACCGUGCAGCGGAGAUCUACCGACAGCGGAAAGAACAAGUCUUCAGUAUCCGCAGCAUGCUAUUGCUUCCAGAGAACAAGGGACGGAGUCUAAGUACGGGGGAGAAGAUCCAGGGCUGUCCAAUGUUCGUUGGAUAUGACUCCGAACAUGGAGGACUCUUCGGUGGCAUCUUCCCCAGAGGUGAUCAUGAAGUCAAUAUCUAUUACGGCAAUCAGUCGAACAGCAGCCCGAGCCGCGCCAUCGAUAAUGGGCGCCAUAUCAGCGGAAUUAGAGGACAAGAUUGA